AUGGCCGAAAAAUUUCCGCCUCCGAUCCCCACAGCCAAAGGCGUCCGAUCCGCCGCGGACACAAUCCUAUCUCAGCAUAUCGACCAAUCCAUUCACACCCCUGAGCUCACGCUUCCUCACCAUGUAGCUCGAUCCAAACCGGCUGAAAUCACAUACCAAUCGCUCCUAUUGGGGGACGCUGAAGCACUGCGAGUAUUUCUGAGAUCGGUCAGAGAUUUCGGAGCUGUUAGAAUCAGUGGCCACAGAAUUCUAACAGAGGACCUCAGCCUUGCUUUCGCUAACAGUGAUCGGAUAUUCACGGUCCCCUGCUGCCAUAGUUAUGGACAUCACGAGCAAAUCGAUUGGGUCGCUGGUGAUAAUCGGAUUGCCCAAGAGGCUGAGGCGGCCAUCGGCCUGCAGAAUUAUCAGAUUUUCCGCCAAAAGAUGGAUAACGCUACAAAAAAGCUGGAAGAAAUUGCCAAAGAAUUGGGCAAUAUUAUAGCUCAACGUGGCACAUAUAAGUAUCAAAAUUCGAUUGAAUUAGGGGAGUCCAAAUUCAGCAUUUACAGGUACCAUCGAGCCAACAUAAUUGAUCCAAAUUCAUCUAUAGUUACUGAAACAAGCCAAGAAUCUGGCCCCUAUGCUUUGAGCCUCCAUCUUUUCUUAGAUCCGGGUGAAUUUUUCCUCGAAACGAGCUCAGGUCUCGUCUCUUUCCAAACAAAACCCGAGUCCCUCGUCUUGACAAUUGGAAAUGAGUUCGAGUAUAGCAGGUUUGGUUCUACUUGGAAUCCGGCGGGUGAGGCGACGAGAGAGAUGCCGGAGAUGAAGGGAGGCGGCGAUGCUGCUGCUGUGCAGGAUGGGUUACUGCGGCGGCGGUGGUGCAGCAGGGUCGACGGCGGCGGAAGCGGAAUAAAGAGAAGGAGAGCCGACGGCGGUGGCUCAACAGCGGCGGUGGCAUGA